AUGGCUUCAAACAACAGCGCUCAGGCUCCCUCUCAAACCCAGGUCCUCGUCGCCGGUGCCGGGCCGGUUGGCGCCUUUACCGCGUUGCUAUUGGCCCGCAAUGGGAUUGAAGUUACUUUGAUCGAAACCAAUACCGAUAUCGACCGCUCGCCUCGUGCAAUAGCUUUCCAGCCCUGUGCUCUGGCGGAGAUGGUCGAGGCCGGCAUUUAUGACGAAGUGCUGGAACACAGUGUCACGGAUGCAGUCAUCUCUUGGUGGCGGGCAGGCUUAGGCGCUGAAAAGAAGCAUGUCGCCACAAUUGCAACUAAAGAAGGUCAUGAGCCAUUUCUGACUGGCCUGAACUGCGCUCAGUCUGUGGUAACUAGGCUCUUGCUUUCACAUUUGGAAAAGGAACCCUCCGCAACCAUUGUCUUUGGCCACCGAGUAGUCGACGUGGUCCCAGAAGCCGACGCGAAGCACGUGGUCGUGACACUCGAACAAACCGCAUCGGAGUCAAGCGAAAAGACGCUUCAGGUUCGGGCAAGCUGGCUUGUAGGCGCUGACGGCGGGCGGAGUACCGUUCGUACGGCAGCUAGUAUCGGGUUCGAGGGAUUCACCUGGCCAAAGGAAGAGUUCGUGGCGACCAAUGUCUAUUACCCUUUUGAAAAAUACCAAUACACCAACCGCAACUUCAUCAUUGACCCGGUGCAUUGGGCGAUUGUCGGAAAGAUCAGCAACGAAGGGCUUUGGCGCGUCGCCUACGGGACCAGGACAGGACUAACAGACGCUCAGAUCCGAGCAGAGCUUCCGGAGCAUUACAAAUAUAUCCUUCCCGGGCCUGGAACAGAUUACCGCGUUGAACAGGUCAAUAAGUACCGGCCUCAUCAACGCUGCGCAACCACUUUCCGCAAAGGUCGUAUAUUACUUGCCGGAGACGCUGCACAUCUGAACAACCCGAUCGGCGGCUUAGGUCUGACUACCGGCAUCUUAGAUGCAGGUCCAAUGGCGAGAGCAUUAACCGCUGUAAUACAAAGAGGCGCACCAGAGUCGGUGCUUGAUAGAUGGAGUGAAUUGCGCCGAAAGACAUGGUGGGAACAGACCAAUCGACAAUCCAUUGAGUUCAAACGCAUCGCGCAGCAAGGAGGCUAUGGAUUGGAUCCAAAUGGGAUUUGGAAUCACGACGAAAUGGCCGAGAAGCUCGGUAUGAUGGAGCAUAUCGCUCAUGCAACCUCGGAUAUGAGGGAAAAAGACGAAGCAUUAUACGACGCCCUGAAAGUCCCCGCUAACCAGAGAGCCGCGAGGAGGCGGGUCUGGGGUCUGGCUUUACCACCAGAUUGGAUGGCGGACUUUGAAGACGAUGCGGUUGUGGAGCGCCGGCGCAAGCUUCGUCCCGACUGA